GCCGGCCAUCAGCUGGUGCUGGAUCCCGUCUCUAGGAGGAGUCCUCGGGCACAGAGGCAGCACCUUAGAUCUUGGCCUCACUGCAUCAGGGGACCAAGGGUGGCACACGGCACCUCUGCUGUGAUUGUGAACACAAAGUGUAGGGAGACGCAGCCCAGGUAAUACUUGUUCUAAUCUGGUAGACUGGGUUACAAAUAAAUUGUCUUUCCAGGUUCGCAAAUCUGCUGUUGUCUUUGGUCUGUGCCUUAAGGUCUCAUCGCAGAACAAAAUGGGAGAUGCUGAAGCAGGCAAGAAGAUCUUUGUUCAGAAAUGCGCUCAGUGCCACACGGUGGAGAAAGGUGGGAAGCACAAGACUGGUCCAAACCUCUGGGGCCUUUUCGGCCGGAAGACAGGACAAGCACCAGGAUUUUCUUACACCGAUGCGAACAAGAAUAAAGGUAUUGUCUGGACAGAAGCAACUUUGAUGGAAUAUUUGGAGAACCCAAAGAAAUUCAUCCCUGGCACUAAAAUGAUCUUUGCUGGUAUCAAAAAGAAGAGUGAGAGAGAAGAUCUUAUUCAGUAUUUGAAACGGGCAACAUCCUCAUGAAUUAGUAGUACAGCUUCAAAAAUACUAGUUCUCAAUUUCAAAUAUUGUGCUUAAUAAGAAGCAAUUUCUGCUCUUUCUUGAUCAGCCUGUAGUAAUUUUAACACGUUAAAUAAAGGUUGAUAUUUUUGAUUGUG